AUGACUUCGACUAUAUUUAUUGGUAAUCUCCCAUUUGAUACAUUGGAAGAGGAAAUCGUUGAGAUUCUUUCAGAAGCAGGCAACGUUGUUUGGUUUAGAACAGUUUUUGACAAGAUGACAGGCAGAAGUAAAGGUUACGGUUUUUGCGAAUAUAAUAACCACGACCAAGCACUCAUUGCUGCUAAUACUUUAAAUAAUAGAAUAUAUAAAGCUAGAGCCAUCAGGAUUUCACUUAGCGAUCGACAUUUACAAGGAUAA